CCCCCGAGUUCGAUGCGCUCGUCUCUCGGCUCUGCUCAGGCUUGUCAGUGCGGGCGAGAGCGCUGCUAAACAUGGCGUCGGACGGGAUGAUUUUAACCAACCACGACCACCAAAUCCGAGUUGGAAUAUUGACAGUGAGUGACAGCUGCUUCAGAAACCUUGCCGAGGACCGCAGUGGAAUCAACCUCAAAGAUCUUGUCCAUGACCCAUCCUUGCUCGGAGGCAUAAUCUCUGCAUACAAAAUAGUCCCUGAUGAGAUUGACGAGAUCAAGGAGACACUGGUGGACUGGUGCGAUGAGAAGGAGCUCAACUUGAUUCUGACCACCGGUGGAACGGGUUUUGCACCCCGUGAUGUCACGCCUGAGGCCACCAGAGAGGUGAUCGAGCGUGAAGCUCCAGGGAUGGCUCUAGCAAUGCUCAUGGGCUCCCUAAAUGUCACGCCACUCGGCAUGCUGUCCAGACCCGUAUGUGGAAUAAGAGGCAAAACCCUCAUCAUUAAUUUACCUGGGAGCAAGAAGGGCUCACAGGAGUGCUUCCAGUUCAUCCUGCCCGCUCUGCCCCACGCCAUAGACCUGCUACGGGACGCCAUAGUGAAGGUGAAGGAGGUACACGACGCUCUAGAGGACCUGCCAUCCCCUCCGCCGCCCCUCUCCCCUCCACCCACCACUAGCCCACACAAGCAGACAGAAGACAAGGGUGUGCAGUGUGAGGAAGAGGACGAGGAGAAGAAGGACAGUGGCAUUGCGUCCACAGAGGACAGCGGCUCCUCUCACAUCACAGCAGCUGCUAUUGCUGCUAAGAACAUGAAGUCUCAUCCCAGCCAUGCCGUUUUCAUGGCGAAAGGUGGGCAGCCCUUGAGUGGCUUCAUCCCGCCCACCUCCAUUCCCUCCCAUUUCACCUGCUCCUGCAGCGACACGAUCCCAGAGUCCAUCAUUUCACGAGGCGUGCAGGUGUUGCCGCGGGACACCGCCUCUCUCAGCACCACGCCCUCAGAGUCUCCUUGUGCUCAGCAGUCCCGCCUCUCCACUGCCUCCUGCCCCACCCCUAAAGCCCGGCUCACCUCCUGCUCAUCCACUUAUAGUGUCACAGAGGCCUCACGGAGAGAGUUCAGGGCUCACCUGGAUGAGGUCAUCACGCUCAAGUCAAGGUACUCUACCUUGGACCAGCUCCACUCUAGGCUGGAGGGGCUCAAAGAUGAUCGCAGGAACCAUAGGACCUUCGACUCGCGAGUGCAGUCACGAUGCAGCAGCAAGGAGAACAUCCUGAGAGCAAGUCACAGUGCAGUGGACAUCACCAAGGUAGCUCGGAGACACCGCAUGUCCCCGUUUCCCCUCACUUCUAUGGACAAGGCCUUCAUCACUGUGCUAGAGAUGACUCCUGUCCUGGGUACCGAAAUCAUCAACUACAGAGGGCCCAAUGCAGAUGACUUGGCCCCUCCAGCACGAAAAGGCGUCUGGCGCCAGACUGGCUCAAGUUGGCGGAAAAUUCCUCUCUGCACUGGCGCCGAAGCAGAGGCAGAGAGUAUAGCCCUGGCCAGUGCCGAACAAGCCCCAAAGUUUGACACAGAUGGAAUGGGUCGAGUUCUGGCUCAGGACGUCUACGCCAAAGACAACCUGCCUCCUUUCCCUGCAUCAGUUAAAGAUGGCUAUGCUGUUCGAGCUGCUGAUGGCCCUGGUGAUCGCUUCAUCAUCGGGGAGUCUCAGGCUGGGGAGCAGCCCACUCUCACAGUUAUGCCAGGCCAGGUGAUGAGGGUGACGACAGGUGCUCCUAUCCCAUGUGGUGCAGACGCUGUAGUGCAAGUAGAAGACACAGAACUGCUACGAGAGUCUGAAGACGGUACAGAGGAGCUGGAAGUGAGGAUCCUGGUUCAGGCCCGUCCAGGACAGGAUAUCAGGCCUAUAGGUCAUGAUAUCAAGCGUGGAGAGUGUGUGUUGGCAAAGGGCACUCACAUGGGUCCAUCUGAGAUCGGCCUCUUGGCCACUGUAGGAGUCACAGAGGUGGAGGUGCAGAAAUUCCCAGUUGUAGCAGUCAUGUCCACUGGCAAUGAGUUGUUGAACCCUGAGGAUGACCUCCACCCAGGCAAGAUCAGGGACAGUAACCGAUCCACACUGUUGGCCACCAUUCAGGAGCACGGCUAUCCCACCAUCAACCUCGGCAUCGUCGGAGACAACCCAGACGACCUGCUGAACGCCCUAAACGAGGGCAUUAGUCGUGCUGAUGUCAUCAUCACCUCCGGGGGCGUGUCCAUGGGUGAGAAGGACUACCUGAAGCAAGUGCUGGAUAUAGACCUCCAUGCCCAGAUCCACUUCGGUCGAGUGUUUAUGAAGCCAGGUUUGCCUACUACGUUUGCCACCUUAGACAUUGACGGUACAAGAAAGCUGAUCUUCGCCCUUCCAGGUAAUUUCACCUACAGAGACACAGGGGCGACUCUUCUGGAGACUGUGCCCCUGAGUGACAGCGAGGCCAGCAGACUGCCUGUGCCUCCUCCCCCACGAGGAAGUAACCCAGUGUCAGCUGUUGUAACCUGUAACCUCUUUGUCAUUCCUGCAUUAAGAAAGAUGCAGGGGAUACUGGACCCACGGCCCACCAUCAUCAAAGCCAGGCUGUCAUGUGAUGUAAAGUUGGAUCCACGUCCAGAAUAUCAUCGCUGUAUACUGACAUGGCACCACCAGGAACCACUUCCCUGGGCACAGAGCACAGGAAACCAAAUGAGUAGUCGGCUAAUGAGCAUGCGAAGUGCCAACGGCCUUCUGAUGUUGCCUCCGAAAACAGAGCAAUACGUGGAGUUGCACAAGGGUGAAGUCGUGGACGUCAUGGUCAUAGGACGGCUAUGAUGUCAUCUUAAGGGGACAGACCAAGUAUAGAGCAAGAAAGUGGUGCAUGUCCACAUAUCAUUACUAUUCUGUAAUAUGCAACGGCACAGCUAGUUUUUAUUGAUUUGGGAGAAGUUGAUCCAGUAUAAUCAACAUUUCGAACAGACGAAUAUGUGAAAUUUAUGAAAAUACGACUUCGAAGACAUAGUAUUUCAAAGACAGAAAAUAUUAUACCUUUUAAAGUGAUAAUAUAUAUAUAUAUAUGAAAUAUAAGAGAUUUAUUCUGUAAUAUAUUGUUAUAAUUAUUAUGAUUAUUAAUAUAAUGAUGAAUAUUAUCAUAUUAAGCAACUCUGUUCUCUUUCAUUGCAAUUGCUUUGUGUGUUCAAUGCUAGAACUUAUAGAUAGCCGUAGCAUUUUAAUAGACAGCUGUUGGCGCCUGUCACACUUACAUCAGAAAGCUUAUUUUCUCAUCGGUAGAAAAUGUGUCACUGAGGAAUGAAAAGCUCUUCAAAAUGACAGCGGGGACCCCUUUGGAUCCCCGACGGGAGCUGGAUCUUUUCAUCUCUCCUCAAAGUGCACCAAGGUGACCCAGCUUCUUUCCCUUUAGUAUUAUAUGCUCCAUAAAUACUUCAUUAUGCUUCAUAAAGGGUUUACAAAACCGCUUUGCUUGUCGUUUAUCUUGUGAGUCGUGUUUAUGUGCGCAGUGCCAAAAGCCAGGGCUGUGGGGGGGGUGGGGGGGGGUGGGUCUUGUGGUCAUGACGCCGAAAAGCAGCGGGUGUCGCCGAUAUCACAGACUUUGUACGGAUCGUUUUUGCAAAACGAUGAUGGGUGAGGGUCUGUGUAAAGUCUGUGCUACUUCAGCACACACAGAGGCAUGUCCUGUGUUACAGGCUACCUCAGUCUGAAACAUACUUCAUAAUAAACUGGCCCUCAUAGCUCUGCCCUUAUUACUCUCUAUUUUACCCACUACCCUUACAUUUAAACUCGCCCAGCCCAAUCCUAGAGGCUGAGCUCCCUGGAAACUUUUAUUUGUUAACUUCGAAGAUGAAGACAGCUUAUUUAAGUGCUGACAGCCUUUUUAAACAAAUUACAUAAAAUGUACAGUCAAAAAAAUGCAAGAGUGAUAUUGUACAGACAAGUGACCAGCACUCCUAAGGAAUAUACUAUGGUAUUGAAAAGAUAUUGAAAAACUCUGUACUAUAAUAUCAUUUUCUGUAAUACUGAUCUAAUGCGAGAAUUAAAAUUCUUGAUCAUUAUGUAAAGAUGUGGUUCAGUUUCUUUUUUUAAAUAAACUCUGAAAGCUGA